CUCCUGAGAGACCUUGAUAUGCCCCUUCUCCCCCACUCCCCCCCCUGCCCCAAGAGAUCUCGGUCCCACUACUGGGGGAGACCCCGACCCUGGCCUGUAGAUCUCAACCUCCGGGAGGGAGACCUCGGGCCCCAAAGAGAGACCUUGGUCUCCAAGAGAGAGACCCUGGUCCCUAGGGAGACCUUACUCUGGAGAGAGACCCUGGCUAGGAAGUGAUCCUGAUUCCCUAGAGAGAUCCUGUCCUCCUUCCCCCAUAGACUCUAGCCCCCUUCUAAACCCCGCCUCCCCCUUUCCCCCCAAACUCCAAGCCCUAGAGAGAUCCCAGUAUGGGAGAAACCUCUGUCUCCUGGCCCCUAACUCCCAGCCCUGUCCUCUAUUUCGCCAUCACCUCAAGUCCCAUCUUAAGUCUCUCUCCCCAUCUCCUUCCUUAUGCAUCCUAUACCCUAUAACCUUCAUCUUUCCUCAUCCCUGGUCCCAUCUCUUUUGCCCAUCCCCUUCCUCACUCAUCAUCUGCCCUACAUCUCCUGUAAUCUUUUCAUCUCUUGACCUCUUCUUCAAACAUCCCCUUCCCUCAUGACUCCAAGCCUUAUCCCUGCUUUCCCCCUUCUCAUUUUUCCAGUCCUCUGACUUGACUCCAUCAGUUCCCUGCCUGCCCUGCCCUGCCCUGCCUGCACCCCUUCCCAAGCCCAGUUACUGCCUCUUUGGAACUUCCUGCCUGCCCAGGCCAAAAAGGAAACUGCUCUUAGCACAGGCAGCAGAACCCAAGUUCGCAUUUCCCCCAUAAAUUGGCAGUAUUUUCUGCUGUGGUUUGUGUUAUCUGGUCUUGUUCCCCUCCAGGGAGUUGGCCAGGAAAAAGCCAAGAACUGUUCAUCCUAAGAGCCUACCGCUCUGUGCUCACCCUGGCUGGCGGUCACACCACUGAUUGGGGAAUCUCUGCCAAUCAGCUACAGGCCAACCCCCAGUGAUUUCACAGCCAUUUGGUCAAUGACGUGGGAACUGGUUUAAUAAAGAGCUUCUUGCUGUGCCUCUAAGGUGCUAGAGAUUUAGCUCUGGGCCAAGGCCUCUGCCCCGACCCCUGGUGGGCAACUGUCUCUGUGUGUUGAGUCACCUCAAGCGGGAAACUGAAGCCGUUACUGUCCAAACCCUGUUUCUUCUUCCCAAGCAUGUCAGAAAGCUGGCAGCAGCCCCCUCCCCCUCCAGCUCCACCGCAGCAGCCCCCGCCCCCGCCUCAGCAGCAGCAGCAGCACCAUGCAGAGCCCCCACCCGCCCUGGCGGAACACUCGAUCCCCCCGAGUGCCGCGGAGAAUCCCCUGGGCUGUGCCGUCUACGGCAUUCUCCUGCAGCCCGAUCCCAACUUGCAGCACCACCAGCACCCGCCGCUGCAGGCCCCCACCGAGCCGUCCCACAAGUGCGGCGUGUGCGGCCAUGACCUGACUCACCUCUCGAGCCCUCACGAGCACCAGUGCCUGCCGGGCCACGACCGCUCCUUCCAGUGCACCCAGUGCCUGAAGAUCUUCCACCAGGCCACGGACCUCCUGGAGCACCAGUGCAUUCAGGUGGAGCAGAAGCCCUUCGUGUGCGGCGUGUGCAAGAUGGGCUUCUCUCUGCUCACCUCGCUGGCGCAGCACCACAACGUGCACAGCGGCAGCGUCAUGAAGUGCUCCAUCUGCGAGAAGACCUACAAGCCCACGGAGGCCGAGACCGCGCAGUCGGCAGCCCCCGCACCAGAGCCCGUGGAGAAGCCCUACAGCUGCUCCAUCUGCCAGAAGCCCUUCAAGCACCUGUCCGAGCUGUCCCGGCACGAGCGCAUCCACACGGGCGAGAAGCCCUACAAGUGCACAUUGUGCGACAAGAGCUUCAGCCAGUCGUCGCACCUGGUGCACCACAAGCGCACGCACAGCUCCGAGCGGCCCUACAAGUGCACCGUGUGUGAGAAGACCUUCAAGCACCGCUCGCACCUGGUGCGCCACAUGUACGCUCACUCCGGGGAGCACCUCUUUAAGUGUCCGGCCUGCGAGCUGCACUUCCGGGAGUCCUCCGAGCUGCUGCAGCACGCCUGCACGCCCAGCGGGGAGCGGCCCUUCCGCUGCGGCGAGUGCCAGAAAGCUUUCCGCCGGCCCUCGGACCUGCGGCAGCACGAGCGCACGCACAGCGAGGAGCGGCCCUUCCAGUGCGACCUGUGCGAGAUGAGCUUCAAGCAGCAGUACGCGCUCCUGCGGCACAGGCGUACGCACAAGACUCCGAGCCCUGCCGCUACUGCGGCAGCUGCAGCCGCCGCGGCGGAACCCUUCAAAUGCGCGCUGUGUGAGAAGGGGUUCGCGCAGCCAGGCCAUCUGGUCUACCACCAGCACGUCCACAGCCUGGAGAGCAUCUUCAAGUGCGGUGUCUGCCAGAAGGGCUUCGACCAGUCGUCCGAGCUGCUGCGGCACAAGUGCUCCCAGAGCGCCGAGCGUCCCUUCAAGUGCACCGUGUGCGCCAAGGCCUACAAGCGCGCCUCGGCCCUGCAGAAGCACCAGCUGGCCCACUGCGCCGAGAAGCCCCUGCGCUGUACGCUCUGUGAGCGCCGCUUCUUCUCCUCCUCGGAAUUCGUGCAGCACCGCUGCGACCCGGCCCGCGAGAAGCCCCUCAAGUGCCCGGACUGUGACAAGCGCUUCAAGUACGCCUCGGACCUGCAGCGGCACCGGCGGGUGCAUACGGGGGAGAAGCCCUACAAGUGCCCCUCCUGCGACAAGGCCUUCAAGCAGCGCGAGCACCUCAACAAACACCACAGCGUGCACGCCCGAGAGCAGCAGUACAAAUGCAUGUGGUGUGGGGAGCGCUUCCUGGACCUGGGGCUGCUGCAGGAGCACAGCACCCAGCACACCACCGAGGGGGCCUACCAGGUGGCUGCCUGCCUGCCCUGAGCGGCAGCCCCAGGCCGGCUGCCCAGCCCGCCAGGCCUUCCUCUUCGCUGCGGCUCUCCCACCCCGACAGUGUCUUCAGGGCGGUGUUCAUCCACAGGGGCCUGGGGCAGGGCGGAGGCAGAGCCUCAGCGAGGCCCCCUUCCUUCCUUCGUGAAGCUUUGCAGCCGGCCCCUCCGUGAGGUGAGACAAAGCCAGCGCCACACCGCCAGAGACCAGUUUGGUCCUCUUCUCGGGCCGCCGCCCCUCUCCGCACUUUCCAGCCUAACUCGAGCCUGACCUGCUAGUGCGGCCCGGGAGAAGCCUGCCUGCCGCAGCACCGCCAUGGUGUGUCUGUAGGGAGGGCGUCCGUGACGAGGGCCCGCCCUCCGCUUCUCCAGCAGGGAGCACCCCGGCCCGGCCAGCCGGGGGCCUGUCCAUGCGCUUGCCACAAGGGCACUAUUUAUGACCAUUGGUUUAAAGGGACGCAGACAGAAGGCUCCAGAGCCUUUCCCUAUUGGGGAGGGAGGAGGAAGGAGCUCUGAACUGAGAGUUCAAAGAUCAAUCUCCCUGUUGGAGGGCGGCAUGAGCCGGCCAUCUUGGUGUUGCUUAGCCCGUCAUGAAGCCAUCUUAAAGUGGCAGACCUUGGCAGGACAGGACCGCUGUGUGCAGACCAGGAGGGCUCCUUGGCCACUACAGCGGACGAGGGAAAGACCAAGGGCAGAGAACAUCCUCCAUGAGCUCUGGGUUUUUUUGCCUUUUUUUUAGGAGGGGCAUCCGUUCUCAUGCCCCUUUCUUAUUUAAAUAACAAUGUUAGGGGGCCUCUAGUUCCAUGGAAUGGGGGGAGCUACGCUUUGCCCAGCCCCGGCCUCAUGAUCAAGACCAAGUAUGGCUGGAGGUAGAGGAAGGGCAAACUUUGAGGCUGGGGAGUGAGCCUGGGCCCGGGUCCUCCUUUUGUCACUUGACCCCUCCUUUCCUUUCCGAGUGAAUGAUUCCAUUGAGUUGGGACGAGAAAGGAGCCUUCCGUAGCCAGCAGCCUGGGUGGCCCGAUUUGUCUGAGCUGAUGCCACCUGUAUUGUGGAUGUCACCCAGCCGAGGAUGCCUCAUUCAAUGUCUGGACACUUCCUGGGUCAGAGGGGUGAUUCCUGGAGUUAACUGACUGGCUGCUGGGGGGGCAGUUUGAGACUUGGGGUGGGGGGAGGGGGGAGUUGGGAAUAGGAGGAAUAGAAGAAGGGGAAACAUAGUUAAAAGGAACAAAGACAAAUAACCAACCUGAUAACCACGUGGCUAGAGCUGGCCCCAUGCAUGCUUCCGGCUAUUAAUGGUAUGGUAGGCCUUUCAGUUUCUCUCCAGGAAGCCUGGGUCCAGACGGACUGGUUAGAGAUCCAGCUGGGCCUGCUCUUGCCCCUAGAGAAUGCCAGGAGAUUUGGUGCAGACCCGAGAGAGACUCCAUGCUUUUGUUUUGUAAAUCCACUCACUCCCACUCUACCUGUGGAGGAGGUGGGGCUGGAAGCCAUUCGGAUAAAGGAGUGAAAGUGGAAACUCCUCCUCCUCCUCGUCCUCCUCCUCUCCGGGCCAGCCCUCAGGGAAGGGCUCCUCUUCCGCCUGACUGUUAAGCUGCCUCCAGAGACUAGAACCGGAUCUUACAAAAGUCGCUGUCUGCUCUUUUUCAUUUUGCUUUCUGAAAGCAGUUUGUUAAUAUUCACAAAGUUGUAUAGUUUAAUUUCUUGUCAUUUUGGAUCUUCUAUAAAAAAGAUAUGCCAAAAAAGAUGUCCUUGGUUUUA